UAUUCCACUUUCGUAACAAAAACCUGGAAGCGUGCAAUUGCUUGUCUGAGCAUGCCGCUCUGGAGCGGAGAGAAGAAGCCGCCGGUUUCGUCUGCUCGUGAUUUCAGCGAGCGAGAUCCAUUAUUCUCCGUCGGAAUUAUACAUUCGAAACCCUAAUUUGUUUUUGUUUCCGUUUUCUUGUACAUCUUCCCUCGGCAAGUAGGAAAUCAUGCAUUCGAUAAUGAAUUAAGUAUCCUUUUAUAUUAUGUGCUGAUCAAUCUCUCUCUGUGAGUUUUGUUUUUCGGUACUAAGAAACCAAGGUUGGAUUGGGAUGGCGACGGCUACUGAUUAUUCGUCUAAUCACCGUUCGCCUAAGGGAACAGGUUAUACCGGCGAUAAUCUCAACAGCCCUGAGUUACGGCGGAGGAAUCUUCGGUCUCCGUGGGCACAAGUCGUCCGAGGUGAGCCUGAAUCGAUCUCACCCGUCGAUCAGUCUCCGUUGUCAUCGUCAUCAUCGCUGUCUUCGCUGGCGGCUUCUGCAACCGAAACCCCCUCUACUGCUUCACCGCCCGCCGAUAACUUCACAUCCUCGGAGAACCACGAUGCAAGUGACGGCGGCAAUGCAACGGCUCCGACGAGGAAGCCGGCUUGGAACAAGCCUUCCAAUGGCGUCGUUGAUGCUGGUCCUGUAAUGGGGGCAGAUUCUUGGCCUGCUCUCUCGGACUCCGCUAGGGCUUCACCUAAAUUAGCAGUCGAUUCUCCUGUCAAGCCCACCAUCGAAGUGUCAGUGCCCCCUUCUCAGGGAUCUAUUAAUGUAACCCCUCAGCGGCAAGCUACAAAUAAUGCCAAAUCAAACCCAAGUCCAAAGCAUCCAGUGGCUGCUCGACAAAGAUCGUCAAAGCGCGGUGGUGGUGGUGGCACCUCAGUAGGAGGACCUGCACGAGGAGACUUUUUCCGAGCUCCACCGCCUCCACCACCACCUUUUCCUGUAUUUCACAUUCCUGCAAGUAGUUACUGUAAUUUGCUACCAGCAAUUCCUGAUCCUUCUCCUGGAGAACCAUUGUUUGGGAGCAAUAAUUGGGAUCCACGGGCAGUUGCAGGCUUUGUGCCUCAAACUAAUUUUACUACUGACCACCGUAACUUCUUUCCUAGGGGGAAUUUCACCUAUCAUCCUCGUGGUGAUGGUCACUACCACAAUAACCGUGGUGGAAAGCGUGAUCAAGAUCGUCGUCGAAUAUAUUCUAAUGCUCGAGAUGUUCAUUUUCAGCAGCACAGGGCAGCUCCUAUUAGAGGCUUUAUGAGGCCUUCGCCAGCUUACACUUCUCAGUUUCCCCAGCCUGUCAGACCUCAUGCGAACCCUAUGCCUCCACCUGAGUUUGUGUACGUCCCUACAUUGCCCUUGGAGCCUUAUAGAGGCAUCCCAUUCAUGCCGCGACCUGUAAUGUACCAUUCUGCUGUAGAUCCCUCUCUAUCUGCAUCGAUAGUUCAACAGAUUGAAUAUUAUUUCAGCGAUGAUAAUUUGAUAACAGACACCUUUUUAAGGUCCUGGAUGGACGAUCAAGGCUGGGUUCCGAUUUCUCUAAUAGCUGCUUUUCCUCGAGUAAAGAAGCUGACAAACAAUAUCCAAAUUGUGGUAGAAUCAUUAAGAACAUCAACUUUCGUGGAAAUGCAAGAUAAUAGGAUCAGAAGGCGAAACGGGUGGAAGAGAUUUGCAACAAAUCCCAACUGGCUUAGAACUGAUUUGUCCUCUUCUUCUCCAAGUGGAUCAAUUUAUGAUAAUCUGGCAACUUCGUUUCAAAGGAUCAGAGUGGAUGAAUGCACGAACCAAAGUAUUACAAGUGAUAGCGAUCCAUCACAUAAUACUGGGAGUGCUACUGAGAUACGAUCUUUCGAGCCAGCUGAUAGUUCAGAACUUAUUAAUGGGGAGGUUAAUCAGGAUGUUCAGACUGAUAUCUGAUCGAUUUUGUUCUCCCAAAGAUUCUAGCACACUCUGCUUAGGAUAGAUUACGUCUAUUUACAAAGGGUCUGGCUGCUAACUCUCUCUUUCUCCAUGUGUCAUGCCAUUUGUUGUCAUGCUCAUUUUGGCAGUUUUAAGAGGCUAGUUUUUGGGGUUACGAAGAAUAUUUAUAUAUUACUCCAAACAUAAAAGAAUAGAAGUUUAGAUUGGGAGAUCUAAUCUUGAGGGGUUUUUUUUUUUUUUUUUUGGAUAUAUUGGAUCAUUUAGUUUCGGUAUACGUCUAGUUGUUUACAUUCUCAAUGUUUCUCGUUCUUUUUGGGUGACAUUAGUGACUGAAGUAUAUAGCAUUUAUUGAACUAGUUUCUGAAUCUGCAAUGACCAUAUAUAUUUAUUUUGAGAGAAA